UAUUCAACUUGUUGCCGAUUAAGAAUUUGACGUUCGUGAGUUGAGCGUAUAAGUACGUUCUCGGUUUAUGCGGUAAAAUAGCGACUGUUAUCAGCUCUUAUUACGUAAGAUUUGUUAAAUUCCGGCAAUUCAGAAGGCAAGCAUGAUAAAUAAAAUUCUUUCGACGUAAGUAACGCAAUUCUCAGCAGAGCAAACUGAAAGCCUAUGUAAUAAUUGUGUAAUGAAAAGAAUGAUAUGGAGGAGGUAUUUUUCAGAUAUUGAUAGUUUUUUACAUUAGGCUGAACAAAAAUGAACGUGGAAACUCAUCUUGUUGUUAAGGCUCCACCAACUGUAUAUUAUAUACCAGAUUUCAUCACAGUAGAGGAGGAGGCGUCAGUAAUUGCCCACGUUAACUCAGCUCCAAAGCCAAAAUGGACACAACUGUCACAUCGUCGGUUGCAGAACUGGGGAGGGAUUCCUCAUCCAAAAGGAAUGGUUGCAGAAAAGUUGCCUGAGUGGUUAUUGGUGUUUACACAGAAGAUUGGCAAGCUUGAUUUGUUUGGUGGGAAACAACCAAAUCAUGUGUUAGUGAAUGAGUAUCAGCCAGGUGAAGGUAUCAUGCCACAUCUUGAUGGACCACUGUUCUAUCCGACUGUGACUACAAUUAGCUGUGGGUCUCACACUAUGCUCAACUUCUACUGCCCUCACCAGUUGCAUCAAGAUGUACAGCCUGUGGUAAGUGGUAAGACUGUGUUGUGAUGGCAGACCAAUUAACUCAUCCACUGUUCCUUCUGUGAUAAGUGCUGCCGGUAACCGGCAGCUUUCUUUGUGUAUAAAUAUUGUGUGUGAGUACAGCAGUCAUCACAAACCUCUGAUGAUGGAGACAGAGAAAGUCUCUGAAAUGUCAGAUACUAACUCCACAUUGAUGUGGC